AUGAAUAUCCCAUUUGAAAUCACUCCACAAAGCCUUGUGAUCAGUCCGAAUAAUCCCCUACAAGUGCAAUUGAAGAAUAACUCAGGAAAGAAGCAAGACGUUUAUGUGACCGUUGAUUCGUUGAUUUUUCGAAUUCUCAGCCCAACAGGUGUUGGAAAGAAUAGUUCUCAAAUUGAAAGUUCAUUGUGGAGAGAUCAGACUUUGUACUUUCAAAUCGGAUUGUUGGAUGAGACGACUCUAAAUCUGCCAAUUGAUAAUGGUGACUACAUAUACUGCAAAAGCCUUGAGGGAGAUCUUUCAGUUAUGUAUGGACCAGAGCUUUACGCAGAAAAGAAUGCCAACUCUGUAUAUGAAAUGAUAGAUUUUUGGAAUCAUUACGAAGUGCAGCAGGUUGAUCCUGUGAAAAAAUAUUUUCCAUUGGCUUUGGAGCAUGAAACAAAAGCGAUCAAGAAGCGCAAAAUCGAGCAUGAGAAAUACAGAAAGGAGCAUGCAAAAGAAAUUGAGGAAUGGAACGCGGAGCAAGAACGUCUGAGACAGUACAAAAGAGAAAAAGAACAACGAGAGAAAAGAGAAAAAGAGGACAAGGAAAAGGAAAAGAUGAAAGAGGACAAGGAGAAAAUGAAGAAGAAGCGUCGUAAAUGCAUUCUUAUGUGA